AUAAAAGGGUGAGAACCCGCCAUUGUAAAGAAAAGGCAAUUGAAUACUCAACCAGAGAAUAUUUUUACGUGAUUAUAUCUUUCUGAUCUAUAUUACGUUCUUGGUCCGCCAUCUAAUCGGGUUAAUCCCAUCAUUGGUGCUUCCAUUGAGAGAAAACUGUGAGAUAAGGCUGUGAGAUUAUGGCCGGACGAAGGACGAGACGUAACACUGCUGCUUCCGCCCAGUCGACGGUGAGGAGUGACAACCCUGAGCAGGGUAUGAUCGUUCCUGACAAUGGGUUGGAAACGGCAUUGAAUAAUGUGGCUAACAUGAUGGCCAACAUUAUGGAACGAUUUGAUAAGGCUCUUCCAGGUCCAUCCGGUAUCCGGGACAUCCCUGCCGGGCAACCCCGCCAGGUCCUGCGUACUGCGAGUUCACCUAUCCUCCAGGAGAUUCAUGAUCCGGAGGAGGUCGAGAGGGAGAAACAGGCUAUUGCCAGACGCCGGGCGGAGGAAUUGGCCCGGAAUAGUAAGAUGAAUGAAGACCGGGCCAGGGAUGCAAGCCGGAUCGUCGGCAAUGGAAACGAAAACCCGCGGGGAUCUGUCUUUGAAAGGAUAUCUCGCCAGAAGGCUCACGUUAGUGAGAGGCUGGGGAAGAAUCCGGAUAAGGCACCCCAGGGCUGGAUACGACCCCAUGCUAGCCAGGUGGCAUCUUCUAACCGCGAACCCCGGCAGCGAAACGGCCGUGGUGGGAUCCAAGCGCCGGUCCGGUCAGUGGUGGAUUUGGAGGAGGACGAAGUUCAAAGCCAAGCCAUGGUCCCAGCACCACGGCGUCUGGGGCGGCCGGUGCCGGAAACUGGUGAAUUCCAAGAUCUGAGGCAGCAGAUCCAGGAGAUGCAGAGGAAGAUAAACAAGGGUCGAACGGUUGAUAGCAAGGUGGCGGAUUGGGUCAACCAUAUUCUUGCCGGGUCGAUCCGAACAUGGGAUGAAUUGGGAUUGCGGUUCCUAGAGCAUUUUGCCGGGAACUGCCGUCCCAAGAAGCAUUUCACUCACUUGGCUUCAGUGCGACAGAAGCACGGAGAGUCCCUGAAGAAUUUCCUUAUUCGAUGGAGGAAAGAGUCCAGGGAGGUUGAAGGAACCGACGACAAAUCCAGGUUGGCCAUGUUCACGGCGGCAUUACAGGAUGGACUCCUUCAUACCGAUCUUACAACUCAUCCCCCGGAUACCUUUGAAGAAGCAAUGGUCCGGGCCGGGAGGUAUGUAACCCUGGAGGAGAGAAAGGAGGAGAAGAAAGAGAAGACUCCUAAAGAAGAAGAGAAGACGGGGAAUAAGAAGCCGUUCAAAAAUAAGAAGCAAGGCUUCCCGGAUGGCCCAAAGGGCACAAGUCCUAGGACCUCGGAGAAGCACAAAUCUGCCAAUCCGGUCUUCACAUUGCCGGUGGCUGAGGUCAUGGCCCACGCUGCACAGCAGGGACUCAUGACUUAUCCAACCUAUUCUCAAAAUGUCUGCAAUGUGGAGGACACUGGAAAAUGGUGUGCUUACCAUCGCAAGAAUGAUCACAAUACGGAAGAUUGCUAUACUCUGAAGAAUGAGAUGGCAAGGCUAAUCCGCCGGGGUCAUCUGAAGAAGUUCGUACAAGACGGGGAUGCGGGAAAUCCCGGGAACACUCAGAAUGGAAAGCACAGAGAUAAAGAAGUGGCCCAAGCUGAGGCCCGGGAGAAGCGCCACAUUGGGCUCGAAGAUGAAGAAGAGGAUUCGGAACCCGCACCGCAUCGCCAGAAGAGACACCACGGGUGUAACUUCAUCAUUGGAGGGAAUACGGGCGGAGGCCACAAGCCGGAAAAAAUGGGCAAACGCGGCGACGGUCAACAAGGUGCAGGUCCCAGAAGGGAUGAAUUAUCGCCCAUCAAAACCCCACUGACCGGGUUCACUGGUGACUCUAUUGAACCGGAGGGGGUAAUAACUCUCCCGGUCGAGAUAGGGGAUACAAAGGCCACCCGGAAGUUGGACAUGGAGUUUGUGGUGGUGGGGAUAAUCUCCAACACAAACAUCAUCCUGGGCAGACCCGGAUUGGAAGAUUUAGAGUGUGUCAUUUCACCUCGUCACCUGUGCAUAAAGUUCCCAACCCCCCACGGAGUUGGAAUCGCCAGGGGAUCUCAGAGAGUGUCCCGGGCAUGGUAUUUGAAGGCAACCAAACAACCAGUCAAGUACGAUACCCAAGUGGAAGAGGUGACUGCACAGCUCCUGAGGGCUGAGGAAAAACGUCCCAGGGUGGAAGUUGCUGGCGACAUUGAGGAAGUGGAACUGGAGCUAGACACGCCGGGAAGGUUAGUCAGGAUUGGCAAGGGCCUGGGGGCUGAACUCAGAUCACAGAACGCAGAGGCUGAUGUUCUAUCCAAGCUCAGCGCAGAAUCACCAGAAUACAUAAGCAAAUUAGCAACCGUCGAGGAGCUGGCAACCCCGAGUCUUAACAGAAAUGAGGUGAUCUGGGUAUCAGCUAAUCCCCCGGAGUGGCUGGACAGGUUGGCAAAAUACAUUGAGGACGGUGAAGCCCCGGAGGAUCCCCGAGAAGAAGUUGACAGGGGGCUGGGCGAAACAGAGGUACUAUCACCCUUAUUCUUCUUGGGCAGGAAAUCAUCAUCAGUGACUCCUUCCCUUGGCCGUUUCUGGGACGGAGUGGGCCUCCUAAGCCCGGGGAUGGCAGAGAUGGGAGUAACCUCCGGGGCAGCAGCUGGCUUGCGCACAGCCAAGGCAGUGGAGUUGCCUUGGGAUUGGUUCUCGGAGGAGCUCGUAGCUGGGUUGGAUUCUGCGGCAGGAGGAGCCUUUGACCUUUCAGGGGAGGGCACCCCGUCAAAUGGGAUCGGGUUUCAGGAUUUGUGGGAGCCAUUUUGGAAAAAGAAGCAAGGAUUUGGGGAAAUUGCAGUCGGAAUUCGGGUCGGGUUAAGAUUCAGUAGCGAGAGGAAGAAGACGAGUCCAGAAGGGGUUUUUAUCCGUCGAAAGGAUGGACCCGAGGUACUCGAGUUCGACGUUUCUGAUCCACCACGAAAACCGAAGGCGGCUCAUCAUUAGUUUCCUAGUGACACGUCGCCAGAAAACUAGGGGGCUUGUGAUGGAUAUCGGGUUUGGUAGGCCCGACUCCAGGCCCGAAUAAAGGCCCAUAAUAGCCCAAAAGGUAUAAGAUCAGAUGGAGGUAACGGGCCAAGCCCGUUAUUACGCAUACAACAGAUAGAGAAAGACGGUCCAGUCAUGGAAUAAAUUAAGGUGACCUAG